CCACGACGCGCCGUAGCAACUCGACUUCAAGGCUUUGCGAUUUGCGCCCCCAGUGCGCCGAAAGACAUCAUCCAUACCAGGGACUGCCCAUGGCUGGAUCUGCGACCAUGGUCAACCAUGCAACACCUGCACAUUCCGUCAACGGGCAGAAUGGCCACACAACAGGAGGUUUGGACGGCACACAAGAUGGUGGACAGAACCGGACAAUCAACGGAGGGGGAGGGGGAGGAGGAGGACAUGGGCCAGGCACCGGAGGAAGCAAACGACCACCAAUGCCGCAUCUUGACGACCUCAAGGCUGUUACAGUCAGCAUAGACCCCGCGACCCCGAUCGACAGUGCUCUCAGGCUCGCCGAAGAAGCACUCCAGCAAGCCAAAGCCUUCCAGUCCUUUGGUAGGAUUGACAUGGCCUUCAAGUCAUACAUCAAGGCCAACAUCAUAGCUCUGGAUAUCAUCCCGAAGAACAAGGACUGGGCGCUGCUGGAUCGAAGCCGACCGAACGUAUAUAUGCGACAUCAACAUCUGCUCCGACAGAUCAAGAGCCUGUUAAGCGACUUCGAUAAGAUCAAAGAGCAGAUCAAACAAGAUAAUGCCCGAACAGGUGUCCAGCCACUACUAGGAAGCCCAAAUCAACAGAAAACGCCCAGUGUCGGAUACGGACAUACGAGAUCACAUUCCAACUUCUCGUCAAAUACCACGAGUCCCGACAGUUCGGUCUAUAGCUCGCCCCGACAAAGUACGUAUGCUUUGCCAGAUCAGUCAUGGCCGUCGCCCGGGAGAUCCAAGCCAGCCGUACACCCCAAACCUCAGGCUCUCCACGGACAUGCGCUUCAACACUCUGGCGGUCCGGCGACAACUCCUACCAACAAUGCAGCUCAGGACCUCGCUCUUCGCUUCGCAAAGCUUCGGGCAUACACCGCCAGUACCCCGAGUCCUGCCAACACAACAACAAUACAGGAUCCUCGAAUUCGGACACAGCCCAUUCCGCAACCCAUAAUGCCAAUAAACCCACCGGCACCGCGUGACCCCCCAAGGUCACAAGUACCGAGUGUUCCUCCUGUUACUGCUCUAGCGGAUUUACCUCGCGUACCAGCUGCUAUCUACAACCCGCCACGAGGUACAGUGUCCAAUGAGGCAGCCGAGCUUCCAUCUAGCGCUCCUCGUGCCAUGUUUACCAGAAAGGGCUCAACGGCAUCAGCCACUGGCAUGAAUAGGAAUGGCAGACCCCGUACGUCCGAUGAAAGUCUUGUUUCUGGACCACCUGUUACAAGUCCAAAGAUAAGACCAAAGCCCGCUAUACCCGAUGGUGAUACUAUCUCGGCCGAGGAGCUUGAGCGCUACAUGAGAGUUGGCGCUAGGGACGUGUCGAUUCUCGUCAUUGACAUCAGAAGUCGUGACGAGUACGAUGAGGGCCAUGUCAUGUCACAGGCAACAAUAUGUGUCGAAAAUGAAGUGCUGAUGCGGCCAGAUAUUUCUGCUAGCGAUAUAGCAGAGAGCAUGGUAUUAGCACCGCAAGCCGAACAGCAGCGUUUUGAGAGACGGCAUGAUUUUGACCUGAUUGUUUUCUACGACCAGCGGUCCAAACGCCUUGUAUCGAGUCCCCAGACACCAGAGGAACGAGCGGUCCUAACUUUUUACAAUGCCCUUACAGCGUAUGACUACGCCGGCGGAUCAAGUUCACAACAGCGACUGAAGUUGCUUAAAGGUGGAAUAGAGGCGUGGACCGACCUAGUUGGCACCGGAGCUUUGCAGACAUCUUCCACAAGUGCCGCUGCGAGAUCACAGCCAAGGCCACCUUUGACCCACAACCUCACAAGUCGUCUACGCAGAAACGUAACGCGGCCAAUACAAGAUCUCGCGGAGGUUCAAAAAUGGGAAGAAAACGUCGACAUUGUUACUCCGGUGAGAAGUACCGAAGACUUUUUGCGGAGAUACCCUUCAGUUUCAACGAUACAGGAGUCCAUGACUUCACCUAUUAACCCUGCUGCCGCUCGGCCAGCGAGCCCAUUACCUCGACAUAUCGUUCACGAACAGAACCUUUACUCUUCGCUACCAUCUCCUCCAACUCGCCCGGCUCCGACCGUCCCACGUAGGAGUUAUAGCGGCCUAGCAGAAACCGACACCAGCACCACGGCAACGUCAACAAGAUCGUCACUUAAAUCGGGAAUUGAAAAAGUUCGCAAGUUUAGGACUGGUCUUGUCAACCCUGGUGUAUUCUGCUUCGCCAACAGCUCUCUGCAAGCCAUGUUCGCCACGCCUGGAUUUGCUCGCGAGUUGUACACGGGUGUUUGGAAGGAUGUGUACAAAGUCCCACUGAAAGCGGAUGAGAAGAACGAAAAUCCUCAGUUACUCACCAAGUAUCUAGCUGGUCUAUUCCACUGGCUGGAUGAGGGAACGCUGAGAUCGUUGGAAGCGAAGCAUCUCAUGGCUUAUAUACACUUUAUUCACUCCAAGAACGCGGAUGGCAGGAAGAAACCAGAAACGGAAAUCUUUGGCGGGCCGGCGCAGCAAGACGCCCAGGAGUUCUACUCCUUUAUCAUUGACAACAUCCAUGACGAAACCAACGUUCACCGAGACCGCAAGCCGCCCAAAGAAGAAAAGCCGUAUACACCCAAGAAUGGGACAGUGAUCCAGAAUGCCAUUGAUUAUUGGCGUGACUACUCAACAGCUAGUGCUUCCAUCAUUGACAAAUACUUUCGGGGCCUAGAAGUCUUCAUCUCCCGCUGCCAGAACGCCGAAUGCCGGCAAGAAAUCCGCAUGUUCCAGCCCUGCGACGUCUGGAUCCUCAACAUCGCCGCCGAGACAGGAGGCGAAGGCCAUGGCUACGGAGUCACGGAUCUUGACCGUCUUCUUGCCAGCCACCAAGCAACCGAACAUUUCCCGGAUCUCAAAUGCGAAACAUGCAACCAACCCGGCAGGACAAGACGGGCCAAGUUUGCUCGACUACCAGACCGUCUUGCCUUUUGUCUCAAUCGGUUCAACUCGUCCUUUGGGCAGUCCCGAAAUUCGUUCUCCUCCAUCCUUUCUGGCGGUGGUUCCAACAAAAUCCACACCAAAGUACGGUUCCCAAUCCGGGACCUCGAUUUGACUAAAUACUGCGCCGAACCGGAUCCGGACAUGGCAACUACGGACGAUGCGCACUACGCCGGCCGCAUGAAGUAUGAUUGCUACGCCGUCACGGUACAUGUGGGACAGGGAAUCAACGGCGGGCAUUACUAUACGUACGUGCAGGAUGAGCAGUCCAAGGACCCGACGGAUUGGUUCAAGUGUAAUGAUGAUUUGGUGGAGAGGGUGAAGAUUGGAAGUGGUGGUCCGGGUCUGAAUGGGAAUGGAAAUGGAAAUGGCGGAAUGCCGGACUUGACGGAGGCGAUGUAUGCAAAUGGGAACACAUCGGCUUAUAUGGUGUAUUAUCGGAGGCAGGGUACUUGAGCGUCUCUUUGGACGGAAGGCGUUGGUUGAGCGAGAUAGAAGGCUUCUCGUCUUUGGUUUUGAACUU